AUGCCACCGCCGUCACCUCGCCGUGCCACCGCCACCGUGCCACCGCCACCACCGAGACCCUCUGGGGAACAAUGCCACUGCUGUCACCAUCACUGUGUCACCAUUGUCACCACCGCCACCUGCACUGUGCCACCAUUGUCACCUCCAUUGUCACCAUCACUGCGUCACCAUUGUCACCACCGCCACCUGCACUGUGCCACCAUUGUCACCAUCACUGUCACCAUCGCUGUGUCACCAUUGUCACCACCGCCACCUCCAUUGCGUCCCCUCCAUUGCGCUGAAGGUGACGAUGACAGUGACAGUGACAGUGACAGUGACAAUGACAAUGACAGUGUCCCUGUGUCCCCAGGCGCUGAAGUGACAGUGUCCCCUCUGUGUCCCCAGGCGCUGAAGGUGACGAUGACGAAGGCCCCGGGCAGUUUCCGCGCGCGGGGCUGGCUGUCCCCGCGGGUGGCGGCCGCGGUGGCCUCGGGGACGCGCACGGUGCUGUACCGGGGUCCCCUGCGGCCGCUGUGUCCCCUCGUCCCCAACAACGUCAACAGCCUGGCGGCCGCCGCGGUGGCAGCGCCGCGCCUCGGCUUCGACGGCGUCACCGCCUGCCUGGUGGCCGACCCCAGUGUCCCCAACUGUCACAUCAUCGACGUCGAGGUCACCGCGGUGCCCGAGCGCGGCCGCUCCCUGACCGUCACCAGCAGCCGCCGCAACCCCGCCGAGCCCGGCCACGUCACCGGCAGCGCCACCCGCCACAGCUUCUGGAGCAGCGUGCAGGCCUGCACCGGACACGGCGGCUGCGUCAAGCUCUGCUGAGGAGGAACAGCGGAAACACGCGCGGGGACACUUUGGGGACACUCUGGGGACACUUUGGGGACAUUUUGGGGACAAUAAAUCC